UGUUGCUUUUGUCUGGAGGGUGUUAUGGGCUGGUGUGUGUAUGAGCGUGUGUGUUUUUGGAUUUCAGACUAAUUUUCUGGAGUUUCUGCCCCUGCUCUGCGUCAGCCCUCACGUCACUUCGCCAGCAGUAGCAGAGGCGGCGGCGGCGGCGGCGGCGGCGGCGGCUCCCGGAAUUGGGUUGGAGCAGAAGCCUGGCUGCUCCUUCGCUCGGGCUCUCCACGCUCAGUCCCCGGCGGCAGGAGGAGCCUAGACCCAGGCGCGGCUGGCGUGUGGUAGGCGCCAGAGCCCGGCCCCGAGGUGCGUCCGGAAUCCCCGUGAGCUGGCAAGAAGCCUGCAUCCCAGAGAGUCCCCGAGUGCCGCCGGCCGGUGCCCGGCGCGCCGGGCCAUGCAGCGGCGGCCGCGGGGGAGCUCUGAGCAGCCGCAGCGCCCCCUGUGAGGCGGCCGGAGAUGCCCCGACUACAGUGAACCGUGCGGCCCCCUAGGACUCGCUCAGUCGGGACACGCGAGGCUCCGCGCGCGCGGUGGCAAGAACUGAGUGGAGAGAGUGGCGAGCGCCGCAAGGCCGCCCAGCGUCGGCAGAGGAGGCCGGCUGGUCCAGCGCAGGGACGCGCACUCUGGCUGACUCGCACUGGCCCUGGCUGCUAGGGAUGUUGUCCUGGACGAGGAGGCAUGGACCUGCGAUGGCGAGGCUCUGGGGCUUCUGCUGGCUGGUGAUGGGCUUCUGGAAAGCCGCUCUCGCCUGUCCCACGUCCUGCAAAUGCAGCGCUUCUCGCAUCUGGUGCAGCGACCCUUCUCCUGGCAUCGUGGCAUUUCCGAGGUUGGAGCCUACCAGUGCAGACCCUGAGAACAUCACGGAAAUUUACAUUGCAAAUCAGAAAAGGUUAGAAAUCAUCAAUGAAGAUGAUGUUGAAGCUUACGUGGGACUGAAAAAUCUGACAAUUGUGGAUUCUGGAUUAAAAUUUGUGGCUCAUAAAGCAUUUCUAAAAAAUGGGAACUUACAGCACAUAAAUUUUACCCGAAAUAAAUUGACGAGUUUGUCUAGGAAACAUUUCCGUCACCUUGACUUGUCUGAACUGGUCCUCAUGGGCAAUCCAUUCACAUGCUCCUGUGAAAUUAUGUGGAUCAAGACGCUUCAGGAGACUAAAUCCAGUCCAGAAACUCAGGAUCUGUACUGCCUAAAUGAAAGCAGCAAGAAUAUCCCCCUGGCAAACCUGCAGAUACCCAAUUGCGGUUUGCCAUCAGCAAAUUUGGCUUCACCUAACCUUACUGUAGAAGAAGGAAAAUCUAUCACAUUAUCUUGCAGUGUUGCAGGCGAUCCAGUUCCGAAUUUGUACUGGGAUGUUGGUAAUCUGAUUUCUAAACAUAUGAAUGAAACAAGCCACACACAGGGCUCCUUAAGGAUAACUAACAUUUCAUCUGAUGACAGUGGAAAACAAAUCUCUUGUGUGGCAGAAAAUCUCGUAGGAGAAGAUCAAGAUUCUGUCAACCUCACUGUACAUUUUGCUCCAACUAUCACAUUUCUCGAAUCUCCAACCUCAGACCACCACUGGUGCAUUCCAUUCACUGUGAAAGGCAACCCCAAACCAGCGCUUCAGUGGUUCUAUAACGGGGCAAUAUUGAAUGAGUCCAAAUACAUCUGUACUAAAAUCCAUGUUACCAAUCACACGGAGUACCAUGGCUGCCUCCAGUUGGACAAUCCCACCCACAUGAACAACGGUGACUACAAGUUAGUAGCCAAGAAUGAGUAUGGGAAGGAUGAGAAACAGAUUUCUGCUCACUUCAUGGGCAGGCCUGGUAUUGACACUGGUUCAAGCUUGUAUUAUACUGAUGUUAUUUAUGAAGAUUAUGGGACUGCGGCAAAUGACAUCGGGGAUACCACGAACCGAAGCAAUGAAUUCCCUACCACAGGUGUGGCAGACAAAACUGGUCGGGAGCAUCUCUCGGUCUAUGCUGUGGUGGUAAUUGCAUCUGUGGUGGGAUUCUGUCUGCUGGUAAUGCUGUUUCUGCUGAAGUUGGCAAGACACUCCAAGUUUGGCAUGAAAGGGCCAGCUUCAGUUAUCAGCAAUGAUGAUGACUCUGCCAGUCCACUCCACCACAUCUCCAAUGGGAGUAACACCCCAUCAUCUUCAGAGGGCGGCCCUGAUGCCGUCAUCAUUGGAAUGACCAAGAUCCCUGUUAUUGAAAAUCCCCAGUAUUUUGGCAUCACCAACAGUCAGCUUAAGCCAGACACAUUUGUUCAGCACAUCAAGCGACACAAUAUCGUUCUAAAAAGGGAGCUAGGUGAAGGAGCCUUUGGAAAAGUUUUCCUAGCUGAAUGCUAUAACCUUUAUCCUGACCAGGACAAGAUAUUGGUGGCAGUGAAGACACUGAAGGAUGCCAGUGACAAUGCCCGCAAGGACUUCCACCGUGAGGCGGAGCUGUUGACCAACCUGCAGCAUGAGCACAUUGUCAAGUUCUAUGGCGUCUGUGUGGAGGGCGACCCGCUCAUCAUGGUGUUUGAGUACAUGAAGCAUGGGGACCUCAACAAGUUCCUCAGGGCGCAUGGGCCCGACGCUGUGCUGAUGGCCGAAGGUAACCCUCCUCGCGAGCUGACGCAGUCACAGAUGCUGCACAUCGCACAGCAGAUAGCUGCGGGCAUGGUCUACCUGGCGUCCCAGCACUUCGUGCACCGCGACCUGGCCACCAGGAACUGCCUGGUCGGCGAGAACCUCCUGGUGAAAAUCGGGGACUUCGGCAUGUCUCGAGAUGUGUACAGCACUGACUACUACAGGGUUGGUGGCCACACAAUGCUGCCCAUUCGCUGGAUGCCUCCGGAGAGCAUCAUGUACAGGAAGUUCACUACAGAGAGUGACGUCUGGAGCCUGGGGGUUGUGUUGUGGGAGAUCUUCACGUAUGGCAAACAGCCCUGGUACCAGCUGUCAAACAAUGAGGUUAUAGAAUGCAUCACUCAGGGUCGAGUCUUGCAACGACCUCGAACAUGCCCCCAGGAGGUCUAUGAGUUGAUGCUGGGGUGCUGGCAACGAGAGCCCCACAUGAGGAAGAACAUCAAGGGCAUCCACACCCUCCUUCAGAACUUGGCCAAGGCAUCUCCUGUCUACCUGGAUAUUCUAGGCUAACUCCCGUUCCCCAGACCCAUCCUACCCAAGCACCUCCUCAGAUGGCCAAGAGGAUGAACGUCUUUUAACUGCCGCUGGAUGCCACCAAUCUGCUGUUCUUCACUCUGACAGUCUGAACAACAAAGACACUGAGAAGCUUUCAGAGGGGAGCAAUGUGUACUUCUCCAUCCAUAGACACAGUAUGGACUUCUUUUUGGCAUUUUCUCUUUAUCUCUUACCAUCUCCUUUGGUUUGUUCCCUAGUUUUUUAUUUUUGUCUUUCUUUUCUUCUUCUUCUUUAUUUUUUUUGAGUUUUCCCUGCUUCACAGUUUCUACCCUUUCUUUUUUAAUCAAUCUGGCUUCUGCAUUACUAUUAACUCUGCAUAGACAAAGGCCUUAACAAACCUAAUUUGUUAUAUCAGCAGACUCUCCAGUUUGCCCACCACAACUAACAAUGCCUUGUUGUAUUCCUGCCUUUGAUGUGGAUGAAAAAAAGGGAAAACAAAUCUUUGACUUAAACUUUGUCACUUCUGCUGUACAGACACCGAGAGUUUCUAUGGAUUCACUUCUAUUUAUUUAUUAUUAUUACUGUUCUUAUUGUUUUUGGAUGGCUUCAACCUGUGUAUGAAAAAGGAAAACUUUGUGUUCAAUCUGGAAAGCCUUUGUUUGUGGGAGAUCAAAGCCAGAAAGAAAGAAGAUUUACUCUAAAACCACACUAUGCGAGGAACAAAGACAACUAUUUGGAUCAGCUGCCGUUAGUCCCUAUUUAAGAAAAACUCAGAGAAUGUCAACUGGGAAGAAUCUAUUCAGCUUCUUCCCCUGAGGACCCUUCUGAGGAGCAUAAAGACUGUUGUACUCUGUGCCAUGAACUAGUCUCUUCCCAUCACCAGAAACACUCGUGUAGUAGAGAGAAAAGAUGGCUUCCUUGAGACAUAAGAUGGCACAUCACAGACUCGACAGGUCUUCUCUUUGAAGGUCAUGGUAAUAGCACUGGUCUGUUUUUCCAAGUGUUAUCCACUGAGCCUUUAUCAAGUUCAGUUGAAAAUAGGUGAAUUCUUGUCCAGAGAUCUUUUCAGGGUCAGGUGGGACAGCCAAGAACUUGGAAAAAGAUAAGACUAACUAUAAAUUUGGAGGCAAGUUUCUCUUACAUUGAACUUUUCAGAUAGCACUUCGCUCUGACCCCGUCCCUCCUCUCCACCCCUCCUUUUAACUGUGCAAGCAAAAUUGUGCAUGGUCUUCGUCGAUUACUACCUUGUCUGCAGAAACUACCACUCCAGACUUCGUGCCGCUGAUAGCUAGAGCAGACCCACAAAAGGUAUAACUUAUAUAAUUAGGGGAAGCUAAUGGAGUUCAUUAGCUGAGUAUUAAUGUCUCUUGGUUGUAUGGUGGUGAUGGAUUUUUCUAAGUACGGACCCUGAAGCCUGGAUGUCCUCACCUGCCUCCAAUGCACUGUGAGAAGGGCAGAAUCUAUGCCUGAGGGAAAGGAAACCCCACCCUGGGACGUCACAUGCCUUGCUGUUCAGUGUACACAGGCCGUGUCCUUGCUCUGGGCUGUGGUUGGGAGAGUGGUUUCAUUCCACGUGUACUCCAUGGUCAGUCUGCUGUUUCGUUUUCUUCACUCCAGUAAAUUAUGUAAAAAUAAAAUAUUGGGCACAUCAUGCCAAUGGGAGGCUAUGCCCAGGCCAAGUUUCUGAGCAUGGUCAAUGGUUUUGGGAAAAGAGAUUGUAAAUUUAAGUAGAAAUUUACAGUUAUGGUGAUGAUCAGUUAGUUAUACCAAGAAAGAAAAAUAUUUCUGUUCCUCAAGAAAAUUUGCUACCCUCUGUGAGGGGAAUUUUGCUAACUUGACAACUUUCUAACAUGAGCCAGAUUGAAAAGGAGUGAUUUUAAUUCAUCUUAGGUCAUUUUAUUCAUAUUUGUUUCAGACGGUGCAAUUGCUCUGUUUAAGUUUUACUUGCGCCCUUAAUUUCUGGAGUAACUCAUUUUCUAUUACAGGCUUUGAAAGCCAGUUCUCAAAAUAUCAAGUGUCAACUAACAGAGAACAAAAGGAAAUCCAGUAGCAUCUUUGGGCAAGGGAAGGGGGUUGGACUAGAUGAAUCCUACAGUCCCUUCAAGUUCUGGGCUGGCCUAUGAGACAUAGGAGUUAUUUGUUCUCUUUGCUGGCGAAAAACAACCCCUCCAGAAUACACAUAAUAAUAUAAUGAAAGCCAUAUCUCCAUGAUAUAUACAUGCGUGUAUAUAUCUUAUUAAGGACGCUGGUACUGUUAAAACACUGUGGCUCUCUGAAGCAGUAAAGAAGGGGCAGAUUUGUACAAAACUUUUCUAGAUUCCAUCAGCAAUGACGUGAAAACCUACACGGGUUUGUCAUUCUGCAGGACCAGCCAGCUGCUCUGGAGAAGGAAGCUGCAAGUUAUUUGUUUUAUCUUAACAGAGAGCAAAGGUGGCAAUACUCUAAGGGAUCAAGCUGAAGGAGGGCUGUGCGGUUUUAAAGCAGGGAUUUGUUUAAGGCAAAUGAGAAAAUGGGAGCAUUCCAUUCCAGUUUUGUGUUUCCCUCUGAAGGAGAAAAAAGCAAAAAAAAAAAAAUUCUCUUUACCUUCUGACAAGUCCCUCAAGGUCUUGAAAUGAAAGGUUCUAUGCAAGUGCAAAGUUUUAUAAUUACUUAUAUUGCCUACUAUUAUUUUUCCUCUGUUGUCUCAAGAGUAUGUACUGGUUUCAGAGACGUCUUGCAUUGAAAGAAUAUCCGAUUGCUUUUAAAGCAGGUAAAUGACCCUGAGAAUAUCUUAGAAUAUACAUCACUGUUCCUAUACCAUCCCUGCUGCUCAUGCUUUUCUAAUUUUUAGAAAAGGCACAUCAUCAUUCUAAAAUCAUUCUGCUGCUCACAGAAUAUAGACUGACUGUCAUCAAAGUCAUUAAAAAUCUACAGUAGUAGUGACAAACCUAAUUCUCUAGAACCAAAUCAGUCUCACAAUUGUUUCCAUUUAUAAAUCGUUUGAUAGUUUUCCAAACACUUUCCACAUGUUAGCAAAUUAUUCCUAUUUUUUAUAGGGGAGGGAAUUUUGAGAAUCAGAGAAGUUAAAUAGCAUGCUAAAAAUCUCCAGGCUAGCUUCUGGCACCACUGGGGCCUAGUCUCAAGUAUUCUGAUUCUACAGUUUGGUUUUGUCCACUAGAGACUCUAAUAUACAGACAUGCAGUUCAGGAAAGCAAGCUACACAUUCAUUGAAGCAGCCUAUUAAGUUAAAACAGUGAAAUACAAGAGAUGACAAGCAGCUGAGAUAUUGUGCUAUAUAGUCAUAUUCAUAGCUUCAGCUAAUCCUUGUACACUGACCCAACGCCAUAAUCAGGCUUAUUUAGAAAAUAUUUUGAACUAUGCUAUAAAGGGUUAUAUCAGAAUUCAUAGUGUGCAUAUGUGUUCACAUCAGCGCUACCUGUGGUAUUUUCAUGUAUUUUAUGUGUGUUAUAAAUACUUGAUUUAUACAUAUAAAGACACACAUUCGCAGUGUGUUUGUGUGCUUAUGUAUAAAUUUAUAGGCACACAGUAAUAGGGAUAAUUAUAAGUAGGGUGCAGUAUGAAUAAUUUGCUUAAAAUUUGCUAAAUAACCAAAACUUUUUAAUGUCAUGUUGCUGUUAGUGCUUCCAUUUUCCAUGUGGGUAGACUACGUCACACUUUUCAACUCUGUUCAGUACUGCAUGGGUGGAAGACAUAUUUAAGAUAAUGUGCUUCCCCAACAACUGAAUCAAAGCCAUCCCGCUACAUUGAGUCCUUUCUUUGGCUCCUUGCAAAGGGAAAUGCAGACUGAAAUAAUCUUCUUAUGUAAAGGUCCAGGAAAGGAAAAUUGAUUUUUGAAAUCUUUUUGCACAUUUUAUGAUGUACAUCUUGUCCCACUAUGACCCCUUGUAUUCAGAAUCCAAGCAUUCCAGAAGGGAGCUGGAAUGUUGGGUGCCUGAGUCUUGAAGUUCAAUGGUGAGCACCAAGACAGAACCUUGAGGUGAGCAAUUCUUAGGAAUUCCCACAUCUGAAUGUGAAUGCAAGUAACAAGAGCAGAAAAUGCUGUCCUUUGCAAAGAGCCUUGACAAUGACAGGACCCCAGACGGGAGUAGACUUUUGACUUUUCUUUUUGCCAAUUGGAACUUCUACAAUGCCAAUAACAUUAAGUUGUAUAGCUCUUUCUAUACAUGACUACAUAUACGCAUGCCCUCAUUUAUUUUGUUCUCCCUUCUUCCUCCCAUGUGAGAAUUUUUAUUUUCAAGAACGAGUUCUGUUUUGACCCUGUGUCACUGCUACAGAUAUCUCAAGAGGGGAAGGCCUGUGACCCACUGCUGGGAUGGCUAAAUAAGCAGUAAAAGCAGUUUCUUCACAACCCAUAAACCUGGAAUGCGGACACUCCAAGGUUGUGAUAGCAAAUGCUCUUCUAAAGAAUGAGGGUAGGAGAGAUUUAUACUUAAGCUGACAGCACAUGAAGGAAUGCUUUCCUGGUUGUCAGGGCUGGAAGGAGUCACUGCUGCUCAAGUCAAAGGAUCUUGAAGAUCCUUAGGUUUUGCAUUUCUCCCCUUUCAUUUCCUUUUCCAUUUAUUUAUUUAUUUAUUUAUUUAUUUAUUUAUUUAUUUAUUUAUUUAUUUAUUUAUUUAUUUAUUCAUUCAUUCAUUCAUUCAUUCAUUCUAUGGAUAUCUUUUGCUCCAUUCAUCACAAACACAAAGCAAAGCAAAAAAAAUUAUAUAUAUAUGUAUGUGUAUAUACAUUAUAUAUAUAUAUAUACACACACACACACACACACACACAUGUUGCAGGCAAAACACUGUGAAUUUCACAACAGCAACCAAGCAACUAUUUUGCCAUCUUAACAUACGUCUCAGGAGACGAAUGGGAAAAUGUGGGGAUGUCAUUUUUUAGUCUAUGCAUUCUAGGCUAGGUCUGUGUUUGUUUUCUUUUUUUGGUCCGUGCAUUAAUAACAAUGACCCUGAGUAAAGUUUGGCUGAAUGUUCAGCAUACUGGAGCAAGUAUAAUAAGAGCUGCUAAUAGCCACAUGUUUAAACUGAAAAAAAAUUGGAGAAUAUGAAAUGAAACAUAAAGGCCUACAUCUUGCAGCUUGCAUAUCUUACUAUUGCUUUCAAAAUGUAUAAAACAGCUGGAAAUGUUUUAAAUACAAGGUCUUUGAAUUAAAUAUGGAUUUUCAAUAUAUAAUCCCUUGACAACUAACCAAAUCAUGGUGAAAUGUUGCUCCCUGCGUUCAUUGAUCAUUACCCAUCACUUACAAAUCUGCCUAGAGAUGUGGAUACUCUCUGCAUUUGCUUCUGUACAUGGAGAGAUGUUUGUAUAUAUCCAGGCCGUGUACACACACACCACAUUUCAAUAUCUCUCUAAAGAUAUACUGCCCCUUAAAUUGUGACCUAGUAUUUGGAACUCUUUAUCUUUUUAUUUGCUUUCUUUCCUUUUAAUGUGACGUCUCUGUGCUGAUACUUACCAGUUCUUGUUUUGCAAUGUUUUGAGGUCCAUUGCUUUACUAAGGUCCAUUGCAUCUUGGCUGAUUUCCAAGUGACACCAGAAUAUCAGUGUUUAAAAAAAAAAAAAAAGUUUUGUUUGUAAAUCAUGUGACCAGCUUCUCUCAACCUGACAUGGAAAGUCUCUUGUACUACAGUGUAUUUAAUAAAAAUGAUGUCUUACAAUAAAUAACAUCCUCCAAAAAGAGACACUAAAAGUGACAUGAUUACUUCAACAAUGUAUAGAAUUUUUCACAAGGCAUGGUGUGCUCUUUUUUUCUGUCUGUCUGUCUGUCUGUAUAUAUUUUAGAUACAGUCACAGCAGAUGCUCACAAUGUUCACUGGCUGACAGUGAUGAGAGCAGGUGAUCUUCAGUACAAUUUCCCCAACUAAUCCCUCCAUAAUCUAACACUUUCAACAUAUCUUGGAUAAUUGGGGCAUUACGCUCCAACAGAACUUUCUGCAGUGAUGUAAAUGCACUACCCAGUACAGUAGCCAUUAGCCACAUUGACAUUUGAAAUGUGGCAAAGUGACUGAAGAAGUCAGUUUCAAAUUUUACUUCAUUUCAGUCGGUUUGCAUUUGAAUAAGAACAUGUGGCUUGUGGCUACCAUGUUAGGUAACAGAGAGAGAGAGGAGAGAAUCAUUAUGAUACGGUGGUUCCUGAAAGAUCAGACAUAAGACUCUACCAAAAGAAAUAUGUGUUCGCAUUGGGCAGCAUUAGGGAUCAGAACUACCCUGAAACUAAAGUAACCAAUCAAAAAUGAAAUGCCACACUCUGUUGGUCUCUCGGUUAAGUGGCAUUUCUGGAUUCAUACAGAUUAGGGAGAAAAAAUAAGGGUGAUUUUACAGGUGUCUUGUAGAUUCUUCCUUUUCAUCAGAAUGCUUUAUUCAGGUUUUCUUUUUCAAUAUCACAGUCAUACUUGCCAGUGUCUAACAUCGUCCCCUCGGCUUCCUCCAAGAGGCACAGGAAAUACGGGCACAACCUUCCUGUGGGAGCUUUGAAAACAUAAGCUUCUCAGGAACUCUGCCUCAUGAACCCCUGUGAGUGGUGCAGAUAUGCUUUCCUUAAGUUAAAAAAAAAAAAAAAAAAAAAAAAACAGGUUAAAA